AUGACGCAGAACACUGCACGAAAGAUGCGGCGGUUAGCCAGCUUGCUAGGUUGCCGGGAAGCCGAAAUCGCUACAUCUUCCUCUUCAGAAGAGCGGGAGAUUCCUGAGGACGAGCUAAUUCUGAGUCAAGCCAUACUUCCAAAGCGUACCUCCAAGCAAGCCGCACGGUCAGCUUACCAGUUGAAGCCAAGGGGCAAGGGUCCAAACCGGUACACUCCGGAAGAUUAUGUCAGCCGAGGAAAGAAGGUUGUCACUGAGGAGGAUGAGGGGCCGCGGCGGAGAUCAGAUAUGUCGAGGAUGAGGAACGACGAGCCGUUCUCUUCAGAGGAGGAGGAGGAUGAGGAGGAGGAGGAGGAGGAGCAGGAGCAGGAGCAGCAGGAGCAGCAGCAGGAGCAGCAGCAGGAGCAGCCACGGCAGCGGACGAAGAGGAUGGCCGUCCGGAAGCAGCCCGCGAGGACGGCACGUCGAGGACGCUACUAGGAUGUGCCCACGAGUUGUUGUGAACUCUAUAUUCAUAAGUAUCGAUUUGUGAACCCUAUGUCAUGUCGAACCAUGGUCUGUAAUGCUACUUGUUGUUUGAAUCUACGUGCUCCAAUGUGACCUAUGAAGUGUUAUAUGUGUAUGUCAUGAAAUUGCUACUUGUUGUGUCCAAUGUUGUACUCGUAACUGUUGGAGUUUGAUAGGAUUUUUCAUGUUUUUAACAAAAGUCAAUGUGUGGCGCCCUUCCAACUGGCGCCACAAGUGCUUGUGUGGCGCCCGUGGCAUCGGCGCCACACAUGCCAACUUAUAUCAACAUUGGGUCGAAAACAUCCAGGGGGCUCCGGACGAUAAGUCCUUAGCCGUUUUCGCGAGCCUCUAUGUGUGGCGCCCGUGGCAUCGGCGCCACAUAUGCUAGUGUGGCGCCAGUGGAGUCGGCGCCACACAUCGAGCCUCGCAAAAUGGCUAAGUCCCAGAGGAAUUGUCUCACAGUAUGCUCGGGGGGAUUACAAGUGCAUGUGUGGCGCCGUUGGGAGGGGCGCCACACAUGCUGCCACGUCGGAUGGGCGCACCAGCUCAGCGGCGAGGGGGCCACGUCGGCUGGGUCAGUGGCGCCGGCAGGUGGGGAGCCACAUGGGCAUGUGUGGCGCCCGUGGAAGGGGCGCCACACAAAAGGGUUAGAUUGGUGAAAUAGUUUCGCCGGAGGGUUAGUCUGUGCUUUUCUUUCAGUUUUGGG